GCAGAGUUCUGCCGAAGAUCAACCGAACAACCUCACCUCUCGUCUUUCAUUGAUGUCACUGCGUUGCACCCAUUAAACCUUCGUCGCAUCAGUGUAUAUCAGUUCUUCAGUCCUUAACUGUACCAAAGGUCAUUCAGGUUUGCAUAGUUGAUGCUGGCCUAAAAGCCAAUGCGCUCCUCCUCCUUCAACUGAGCACCUGUACUGUGCUCCGCACGCGCGAUACAUACGCAAUGGCAGCACCACCAGCCAAGAUCGAUCGCCAGAAAACGACACCUUUCCUCCUUAAACUAUUCUACAGAACUGGUGGAUAUCACAGACUCGAUGAAUUCACCCCAAACAGCCCCCAACCUCCCCCCCCCCACCUCCAAAUCUACACCUGGCCCACCUGCUCCCUCCGCGAACUAACCCACCUCCUCACCGCUGCCCUCCCCUCCCUCCUCCCCUCCCCCGCCAUCGGCACCCGCCUCACCUUCCGCCUCAUCUUCCCCGACACCCGCUCCUCUGGCCCCGGCCCCCCACGCUACAUCGCGAAAGACCUCGGAAGCGUGGUCAUCGGCGCGGGCGGCCCCGGGGUCGAAGGAAUUGAAGGCGCGACCACCGAAGACGAGACGCGGAAGGCGCUGGAGAAGCUCGACGGCGAUGCGGAGAAGACGUUGCAGGAUGCGCGGUUCGUGAUUGGGGAUUAUGUCGACUGUGCGGUCUUUCCGCCGUUGCCGAAUGGGGAUGUGGCAGCAGGAUCGGCGCCGAGGUUUGCGGGACCGAUGACGGGGGGCCCGGGGCGGGAGAAUGGGUUUGGUGGUGGGCCGAUUAGGCAUGGGAGGGGGUUUCGGAACGAGGGGAGGGGUGGGAGUUUCUUGAGUGGGGAUUGGAGGAGGGGAGAGGUACCGCCUGGGGGUGGGUUUCGUGGGAGGGGAAGGAGAGGGGGAUAUUGAUGGCGUUUGGAUGAUAUCGAUCUGUUGCUUUGGUGGCGCACAUGGCAAACGUCACUAUGGGACGCAGAUAUUCUCGAUUAAAUGUACCGCUUGAAGUCAUAUUUGCAGCGGGAACUACUAACUACUAGCCCUGGAAGGGCAUGUACGAUAUUUUGUUAAAGAAAUUCAAAACAUUGACGGACACAAGUUAAAAAA